AUGCCUUCUUCGUUUAAACCUACAGAAACAUACUACCUCGAUGCAGCCACCAAGAGUCGAGUUUGGUAUUUGAUGGGGGCCUUGAAUCGAGGGUCUGCUCGCGGUUCUUCUGCUGCUGCUGCAGCAGCAGCAGCAGCAGCAGGAGGAGCAGCAGCAGGGAAGGUGUCUCCUUUGCUGCCUUCUGAAGUGUCUCCUUUUCUUUCUGCUGCACUGUCUCCUUCUCCUUCGUCUUUUUCGCCUGCUGCUGCAGCACUUGGGUCUCCGUUCCACCCUAUGCUGUCUUUCUACUCUUCUUAUCGUGUCUCCAGGCUGCAGCGCAUGCAGCCCCAAACAUUUAAACGCCCUCUCUCUACAGCAGCACAGCAGCAGCAGCAGCAGCAGCAGGGAAUACCGCUACUGCCAGCUGCUGCUCCUCGGCUUCGGCCCAGCAACAGCAGCAGCAGCAACAGCAGCAGCAGCAGCAACAACAACAACAGCAGCAGCAGAAGAACUCAGCUGCAUGUGCCGCCUAUUGAUUUAAAUGUUUCAGGUGUUGCUGCUGUGAUGCAGCAAAAAGAAAGACCCCAGCUGCGGAGACUCUCCCGCAGCAGCAGCAGCAGCAGCAGCAGCAGCAGCAGGGAGGUUGGUGCUGUAGAGGCCGUUAGAUUAAUCGCAACCCCUGCGGUAGCUGCUGAUGCUUCUUCUUCUGAUGCUGCAGCAGCAGCUGCUGCUGCUGCUGCUAUUUUGUCUCCACAUGCUGCCGCGAAAGCAGCAGCUGGAACGACUCGAGCAGCAGCAGCAGCAGCAGCAACACCAACGGCUACUGCUGCUGCCUCCCCACAAUCAGCAGCAACAGCAGCAGCAGCAUUUGCAUCUAGCGGGCCGCCUGAACCUGGUGCUGCUUCUGCUUCUGCUUCUGCUGCUGUUGAACCUGCUGCUGCUGCUGCUGCUGCUGCUGCUGCUGCUGGUACGGAGCUGCCGCGUUUGCUGCUGCCUUCUGCUGAGUAUGAUUGCUUCAGCCCUUGGAGACAAUCAGCUUUAUUAGCAGCAUUAAGACUGCAGCACGUGCAAGCAGCAAAGGAAGCAGCAGCAAAGGAGACAGCAGCAAAGCACAUUGCAGCGGCGGAAGCCUUCUGCAUGCACUCAGAGCUGCGCAGACACUCCAACCCCACAUCCUCUACCUCAUCGCUCAUACAGCACCCGGUAUAUGCUGCUGAUGCUGCUGCUGCGGCUGAUGUUGCUGAUGCUGCUGGUGCUGAUGCUGAUGCUGCUGCCGGUGCUGCUGAUGAUGAUGGUGAUGCUACCACUGAUGCUGCUGCUGUUGCACCCGCGGAUCCCGCCGAGCAGGAGGCUGUUUUGUCUCUUGUGCAAAACCCAAGUGUCUCUAGCUUGUCUGCUGCUGCUGCUGCUGGUGCUGCACCUGCUGCUGCUGCUGCUGCUGCUGCUGCGGAGACACCUGAGCUGCGCUACUGCGCCUUUGAGAGUCGCCUGAAGUCUGAUCUGAGAGAAAAGCUGCACACGGAAAUUGCUUUGCAGCAGAUUCUGGCUGAAGAUGACCAACGGUGUCUGGAAGCUGUGAGAGGGAAGGAGUCUGUGAAGAGGCCGCGAAGAAACUUAAAAAAGACAAACAAAAAAAAAGCGAAGGGCCGUCUAUAA